AUGAAUCAGAAGCCAGCAGCCCGAAAGCCCCGCCCACUGCGCACGGUGGCCCCGCCCACCGCGCAGCCCUGGUUCCCACCCCGGGGAUUGACCGCCCGAGCCACCGUCUGCACAGCCCCGCCCAACACGGCCAGGCUAAGCGGAGCCGGCGUGCGGGGUGUGUAUGUGUUCGCAGGGCGCCGUCUUAGCCCCGGGAAGAUGGUGGCGGCGGCGGCGGCGGCGGCGACUGAGGCAAGGCUGAGGAGGACGGCGGCGACGGCAGCGCCCGUGAGCAGACAGGGCAGCCGGCACCGACACGCGGACGUGACUGGGGAUUGGAGGCUGGAGCCAGGCGCCGGGCUGCGUCUCCCGCGGCUGCUGUCGCCGUCGCUGCCGCCGCGGCUGCUCUUGCUGCUCUUCUCCCUGCUGCUGCUGCUGCUGCUGCCGUUGCCGCCCCGGGAGGCCGAGGCCGCGGCAGUGGCAGCGGCGGUUUCGGGCUCAGCUGCAGCCGAGGCCAAGGAAUGUGACAGGCCCUGUGUCAACGGCGGCCGCUGCAACCCUGGCACUGGCCAGUGCGUCUGCCCCGCGGGCUGGGUGGGCGAGCAAUGCCAGCACUGCGGGGGCCGCUUCAGACUAACUGGAUCUUCUGGGUUUGUAACAGAUGGACCUGGAAAUUAUAAAUAUAAAACAAAGUGCACAUGGCUCAUUGAAGGACAGCCAAACAGAAUAAUGAGACUUCGUUUCAAUCAUUUUGCUACAGAGUGUAGCUGGGACCAUUUAUAUGUUUAUGAUGGGGACUCAAUUUAUGCACCAUUAAUUGCUGCUUUUAGUGGCCUCAUUGUUCCUGAGAGAGAUGGCAACGAGACUGUCCCUGAGGUUGUUGUCACAUCAGGUUAUGCACUGCUGCAUUUCUUUAGUGAUGCUGCGUAUAAUUUGACUGGAUUUAAUAUCACUUACAAUUUUGACAUGUGUCCGAAUAAUUGCUCAGGCCGAGGAGAAUGUAAAACCAGUAACAGCAGCAAUGCUGUUGAGUGUGAGUGUUCUGAAAACUGGAAAGGCGAAUCAUGUGACAUUCCUCACUGUACAAACAAUGGUUUUCCUCAUUGGGGCAUCUGCAAUUCAAAUGAUGUCAGAGGAUGCUCCUGUUCCUCCCAGUGGCAGGGUCCUGGAUGUUCAAUUCCUGUGCCAGCUAAUCAGUCUUUUUGGACUCGAGAAGAAUAUUCUGAUUUAAAGCUUCCUAGAGCCUCUCAUAAAGCUGUGGUCAAUGGAAAUAUAAUGUGGAUUGUUGGAGGAUAUAUGUUCAACCACUCAGAUUGCAACAUGGUUUUAGC